GUGCGAGGCGCGUGGCUGCGGGCGCUGAGCUGCGGGCGCGGGAGGCACGCGGAGGCCUGGUGACCAACCAGAGCUGCUCCGGAGGAGAGUCUUGAAUGGAAAGGUUUUACUCCCGUCGCUCUGAAUCAGGCUUAAGACCGGACAGUGGUGGUCACAGUAGCUUCUCCUGCAAUCAUUCCUUUGGCAACGACCUUCAGGACUCUGCGCCCAGGAGCCAGUGGCCCCAGUUGCCCAUCUGACUUGGUGUCAUCUUGCUUUCCUGGUCUCUUCCUUGGAGCCUCUUGUCCAGGAGUCUGGGUCCAGCUUGCAGCCCUGACCACACUCACCUUGGCUCUCGGAGUCCUGCGUGGAGCUGGGAAGCCACAUGGCAGGAGAUAGGGGCCACCUGCUGAUAGAAUUCUCACGGUAAUCUGGAGUUCUCAAAAUGUUUGCCAAAGCAACAAGGAAUUUUCUUAGAGAAGUUGAUGUUGGCGGUAACAUGAUCGCAGUAUCAAACCUGAAUGACUCUGAUAAGUUACAGCUUCUAAGUCUGAUGACCAAAAAAAGCAGAUUCUGGUGCUGGCAGAGACCCAAAUACCAGUCUUUAUCCGUCGCCCUUGGAGAUGUGCUUACAGGAGACCAGCGUCUGAGUCCAGUGGUCGUGGAGUUGGACUUCGUGAAAUACGAGGGCAAGUUUGCAAACCACGUGAGUGGGGCCAUCGAGACGGCCCUGGGGAAGGUCAAGCUGAAUGUCGGGGGCAGAGGCCUGGUGGAGAGCCAGUCCUCGUUCGGCAGCGUGAAGAAGCAGGAGGUGGACUUGCAGCAGCUCCUCGGACAGGCCGCGGGCAGGAGGAUCAAUCUGAAAAGCCCUCUGCUGCAGCAGGUGCUGGAGAGGCGGAACGAGGUCCUGUGCGUGCUGACGCAGAAGAUAGUGACCACGCAGCAAUGCGUGAUAUCUGAGCACGUGCAGAUUGAGGAGAAGUGCGGCGGCAUGGUGGGGAUCCAAACCAAGACGGUGCAGGUGUCAGCUACGGAGGAUGGGUCUGUCGUCAAGGACUCCAACGUGGUGCUGGAGAUCCCGGCUCUCACCACCAUCGCCUACGGCGUCACCGAGCUGUACGUGAAACCGGACGGCCAGUUCGAGUUCUGCCUCCUAGAAGGGAAGAGCGGUGGCUUCGAGCACGAGAGGAGCAUCGACUCCAUCUUCCUGGACCCCCUGUCCUUCCGAGAGUUCGCGUUUGGAGACAUGGCAGAUGCCGGGCAGGGGCUGCCGGUCCCCAAAAGACUGCUGAGUGUUUUAAAAGAAGCCACUGUGCCCUUGGAGAGGAACUUCCAGCCCUUUGUGCAGCUGCCGGAGCAGCAGCAGACGGCGCUGAGGGGCGUCCUGCAGGCGGUCCUGUUUGAUGAGGAGUUACUCCAGGUCCUGGAACAAGUGUGUGACGACGUGGUCAGCGGCCUGUCACCCUCACAGGCGAUCCUGGGGGAGCUGAAGCCCCCCCAGAGGCAGAACCUCACAGCCUUCCUGCGGCUGGUGGGCUGCAGCGUGCAGGGCGGGCAUCCGGGCCCCGCGGGGGCGGUCAGCGACCAGAAGCUCUUUUCCACAGCCUACUUGUUGGUCAGUGCGCUCGCAGAAAUGCCAGACAAUGGAGCGGCUCUGCUGGGCACCUGCUGUGAACUCCAGAUCAUUCCUGCGCUAUGUCACUUGCUCUGUGCACUGUCUCCUGGUGGCAAGUCUGACCUUGAAGACACAGCCCUGGCUCCUCUGAGAGACACGGAGAGGUUUGGGAUUGUGCAGCGCCUGCUUGCCACAGUCGACAUCAACCUGGAACGACAACAGUUGGCCGUCAGGGCUGUCACCUACUACGUCCAUAACCUUUCCCCCCUCGCUCUUUACGUGAGCCUGACCGGACUCCGCGCUUUAGGCCGAGCGCAUCAGUGACGUCACAGGUGAAUCCCAAGCUCACGUCAUCAGCCGGGGCUGGGCACUUUCCACACCGUUCAGAUACCACUUUGGGGCUUAGUUCAGAGCCAAGUUAAAAGUCAAGGAAAUGAAUUCACAAAAGAAUGUAAGAAGUGAGUUUUUGCACUCGCAGUCACCCUGAGGUUAGCCACCAGGUACUCUGUAAGCGCUUUCUUUUUGGAAGAGGCCCUCCUGCGCUGGGGACCCCGAGAGCAAGUGCAAGCCCACACCCGAGGAGCUGGACGAGGGCUGCGAAUCCUAACCCAGCAUACAGUCAGACCUUUAUUCUACAGAAAAAUGGGUACUCCCCCUUUCUUCCUGUUAGCCCCUUCUGUUUUUGUAUGACACUCUGAUCCAAAAUUCAUUUUAAAUUGUGAACGCUGGGGAGGCACCUUCUCUCCAUUGAAGGCUACGUUUUGAACGUUCUGUAUGCUCUUCAGUGACUAAACAAUGAAGUGUGAACGCUACUGGAGUACAUAUAUUCUGCUAAAUAAAAUUAUACUGAAAAAGUCUAAUAGCAGGCCGCCUUUCCGAAGGGGUCUAGCAAUAUGCAGUUUACCUGACUUUACCAUGCUUCAAUGAACGUACUAAUUCUAUGUCAAAAACAGUGUGCUGAUUCCCCACACAUGAUGGGUGUUUAAUUUAUAAAAUACAUAUUAUGUCAGAGGAAACGCUGAA